UUGACGAGAAUUUUUCCCGCGAGCACACUAAGAUAAAAUUUAUGACAGAGGGAAUUCUGAUCAGAGAAUUGAUGGGAGAUCCUCUACUCAAUGCGUAUUCAGUUCUAAUACUGGACGAGGUACAUGAGAGAACUGCACAAAUAGAUAUUAUAAUGGGACUACUGAAGAAAGUUUUAAAAAGACGUCGUGACCUGAAACUUGUGAUAUCUUCUGCAACAGUGGAUGCUGAAUACAUUAGAGAUUUCUUUAACCGGGGAGCAGAGAAGAAAACCCGGCAACUGGCGACCAUCCUCUCCGUCGAAGGGCGAAGUUAUUCCGUCGAUGUUUUUUACUUAACCAGUUUUUCGCUAUUGAGAAUUGUGUCACAGUUCUGCAAGGACAUGAAAAUGACUCUCUCAACAUCUAAGACAUACAUUCUGACAAACUCAAGGAAUCAGGGCUUCUGGAAGGUGGAGGAGGAAACAAUUGAAGAAAUUCUGAUUGCCAAGUAUUUGGGAGUCAGCAUACAAGUCCGAGGCAGAUCAAUGGUAGGGAAGUACGAAUCAGAUGUCAUCAGAAGAGCAACAAACUGUGCGUUCUCAAUAAUGAACCUGACCAGAGGGUCAAUGGAUAGAUCACUGGUUGCCAGACGACUAUGGGAGGCUUGUGCCAUCCCAUCAAUACUUUUUUGCUCGGAAGCAAUGGUGUUCACCAGGAAAACGUUGGCGGAGCUGGAACGAAUACAGUGUAUGGUGGGUCGUUUCAUCCUCCAGGUUCCUGCAUCCACCUCAAGGGUUUUGGUUUGGUGUGAUGCAGGUUUAAUGCCCAUGGAGCACAGGAUCCAAUGUAGACAGGCACUACUAAUCUGGAAUAUCUGCAAGGAAAAGAACAACGACAAGUUGUUAGCAGUCCUAAGGCACCUUCUGGAUGCUCAAGGUGAUCCAUGGGUUAAGUCAUGGAUGAAAAUUCAGAGGGACAUUGGGUUGAUAAUGGAGUACGAGAGAAAGCAUGUGUUGGUAAAAGCAAUGGCAGACAGGGCUGUGAAGUUCGUCAUCAGUGUCUUGCGUACACAGCCAACCAUGGCCACCCUCCCGCAACCAUGGAUUUGGUUCAAACCCCAGCCCCAUGUAACUGACAGUAAGGCCAGCAAAACCAUGAACAUGGUGCGGGGUGGUAAUGCCCUGUUGGGAAAUCGGUAUAAGAACAGAUAUGGAGCUAGACACGUAUGGUGUCCCCUUUGUAAGGUCAUGGGUGUCAGAGUUAAGCUGACUGAGUCCCAUGUUAUAUUGUCAUGUCCAGCAUUAUGCUCGUUACGGCUCAAGCUCAAGAUCACUAUGUUUAGAACAAAGGCUAAGCUUAAAGGUUUACGCUCGAACUGUGAGAUCCUUAAGGCCUAUCUUGGGGGGGAUGGAAGUGGUAAAGCUGAGUUAAUUGAUAGAGGGCGGAAAAUGGCUGUUAUUCUGGAGGCAUGGCUGUCUGCUUCAGAACCGUAUGGACAGGAGAAUGUUCUCUGAGAUGAUCGGUAAUAAGUAAUUAUAGUAAUCUCAUAAAUGUCUUGUUGAUUCUUCAGCUAAUGGAGUACCUUCUGAGGCAUCUGGCAUUAGCAGUACUUAAAAUAAUACUGUAUUAUCAUUUUCAUGAAAGGUACCGACAGGACCUUCAUGCAACUGGUAAGUGUGCAGAGGGUUUGUGGCAGUACGCCAUUAAACUUGACCCAUGCUUGGUGGUACACACUUUGGCCUGUGUGGCCAACCAUCAAUGACACCCCGCUACUCCCUUUGGGGAUGGUGCGGUGAUGUGGGCUCUUCCCAAAACUCUCUUCGGACAGAUGGGUGACUGUUUUAUUUAUUUAUUAAUGCACUAAAUAUAAUGUACGACCAAUUGCGUAUAUAUUAUAAAAAUGAGUGUGCUGUUUUCAAAGGCUUACUUUUUAAUCAUUUUAUCAUUUUAUCAUUUUAUCAUUUUAUCAUUAUUAUUAUUAAUGUUCAGAUAAAAGAUUAUUGGUGGGAGUAACAGUUGGGUCGGAUAAAAAAGCAAAACCUUUUCUAACACAAGCAAAGAAAAUUUAUUUCGUCAGUGAGGAAUUUCCUGAACUGCCUGAUUGCAAGCUAUCCAACCAGACUAGAUAUAAAGUACCUAAACUUCCAAACCUCACUCAAA